GAUAUCUUAUCCAAAAUAAGGCAAGAAAAUUUGCAGCAUUACUAAAUAAGGAUAAGUUUAAUACUUCAAAUGGUUGGUUACAUAAUUUUAAGUUAUGCUACAAUAUUUAUGAAUAUAAGCAGCAGGGUAAAGCAGAUAGUGCUCACUUAGAUAAACUAUCUAAAUUUAGAAUUAAAUUGCAAAAUGUUAUUCAGCCUUAUAGGCUUGAGGAUGUAUUUAACUAUGAUGAGGCUAGUUUGUACUAUCAGAUGGAACCUUCUCAUACAUUAGCAACAGGUCUAGUUUCAAGAACAAAAAGAGUGAAAGAUAGGGUUACAGUUUUAUUAACUGCUAAUGUAGCAGGAUCAAAAAG